AUUUAGCACAACCAAAAGACAAGUUCAAAGAUGUCUCUUAGAUACUUGAUACUGUUGCUCCUCGCAGUGGUAAUCUUCACCCCUUUCUCUUUUGCAUACAAUGAAGAACCACCCAAAUAUGAGCAUGAACCUCCAGAGAAAAAUAAGCCACCAUUCCUUGUACCUCCUAAGGAGGAGCCUGAACCAGAACAGAAGCCAUCAACCCCAUUUUAUAAAACCCCUGUGAAGCCUGAAGCAAAACAAAAGCCACCAAUCCCCAUUCAUGUAGCUCCUAAGAAGCAGAAGCCAGAACCAAAUUAUGAGCCACCUCUAAAGAAACAAUAUCCGGAACCAAAAUACAAGCUACCAAUCCCAAUUCGAGAACCUCCAAAGAAGGAGACACAGGAACCGGCAUACAAGCCACCAACUCCAGUUCUUGAACCUCCAAAUAAGGAGAAACCAGAACCAGAACACAAGCCGCCACCACCUCUAAGUCAUGAACUUCCAGGUCACCAGGAACCUGAAUAUAAGCCACCAGCUCCAGCUCCAGCUAAUGGACCUCCCAAGAUAGAGAAGCCAGAACCAGAAAACAAGGCACCAGCUCCAGCUCAUGAACCUCCCAAGAUAGAGAAGCCAGAACCAGAAAACAAGGCACCAGCUCCAGCUCAUGAACCUCCCAAGAUAGAGAAGCCAGAACCAGAAAAUAAGGCUCCAGCUCCAGCUCCAGCUCCAGUUAAUGGACCUCCCAAGAUAGAGAAGCCAGAACCAGAAAACAAGGCAUCAGCUCCAGCCCAUGAACUUCCUAAGAAGGAUGAGCCAACAAUAGAAUACAGGGCACCAACACCAACUCAGGAACCACAAAAGGGUGAGAAACCGAAACCAGAAUAUAUGGCUCCACCCCCAGCUCAUGAGCCACCAAAGAAUGAGAAGCCGAAGCCAGAAUACAAGGCACCACCCACAGCUCAUGAACCUCCUAAGGAGAAGAUGAAGCCAGAAUGUGGGGUACAACCCCCAGCCCAUGAACCUCCAAAGAAGAAGCCAGACCAAGAAUACAAGGCACCACCCCUGCCCCCAGCUCAUGAACCUCCUAAAGAGAAGCCAGAACUAGAAUACAAGGCACCACCUCCAAAGAUAGAGAAGCCAAAACCAGAAUAUAGGGCACCGACACCAGCUCCUGAACCACCAAAGAUGGAGAAGCCUAAACCAGAAAACUCCGCAUUGGCACCAGCUCAUGAGCCUCUAAAGAAGGAGAAGCCAGAACUAGAAAACAGGGUGCCGGGGCCAGCUCUUGAGCCUCCGAAGGAGAAGCCAAAACCAGAAAACAUUGCACCGGUGCCAACUCAUGAACCUCCCAAGAAAGAAAGGCCAGUACCAGAAUAUGAAGCACCAGCAGCAGCUCAUGAACCUCCCAAGAAAGAGGGUCCAGAACCAAAGUAUGGAGCACCAGGCCCAGUUCAUGAACCUCCAAAGAAAGAGAAGCCAGAACCAGCACCAGUCCAUGAACCUCUUAAGAAGGAAAAUCCAAAACCAGAAUACAAGGCACCAGCGCUACCUCAUGAACCUCCUAAGAAAGAGAAACCAGAGCCCAUAUCCAGGGCAACGAACCCAACUCAUGAACUCCCCAAGAAGGAGAAUCAAGAACCAGAAUGUGGCGGCCCAGGUCAUGAACAUCCCAAAAAGGAGGAGUCAAAACCCGAAUACAAGCCACCCAUUCCAGUUCAUGAACCCCCCAAGGAGGAAAGGCCAUUACCACCUUAUAGUGAGUACCCAAUCAACCCUCCUAUAGUAGAGAAGCCGUUGCUCCACACUACCAGCCACCUUAAGGUCAGUACCCUGUACACCCCUCGUUGGAGAAGCAACCUACUGCAUAAUUCAAGGCACCUCACAAGCAGUCACCAACCAUCCAUUUGAAGAAUUCAUCUACUAUGGAUAUUUAAAUAAAUUCACACUCAUAAUAAGAGUUUUUAUGAACUCAUGUUAUUUUUCUUGUAUCUCUUCAUGAAAGAAUGCUCAUAUCACUAACCGCUAUAUAUCUCCUUGUAGUUAAUGAGCAUAACAUUGUGUGAAUGCCAACCAGAGUAAAUAGUUUGAUUUCCU